UAGAAGCAAAACAAUUUUCGAGCCCAAAAUAAAGUAACGCUAAAUUGGUAAUAGAAAGGAGAGAGAGGGGGAGAGGCACACGACGCUGAACCGGGAAGACAGCUGAAGAGUGAUGGGAGCUGUGGCGGAGCUAGAGAGACUGCAAACUCUAAUCCUCCAGCGCAUAUCGGACCUUGAGCUCUCUUACUUACCCCAAUCCUUCUCCCACUCUCUCUCUCUCUCCGAUGACUCUACCACCACUGAAGCCCGCCUCUCCGCCAUCCUUCUUGCUAACGCAGUUCGAGACUUCUCCUUCAAGCGCGUCCCCUCCGAUUACUACGACUGGACCCUCGAAGCCCGCCGAGACGUCCUCGGCGCCUCCUCCAUUCACCAUCUCUGCAAGAGCAUUGUUUUGGUCAAUACUCAAGCCCCAACAGAUGUAACUGAUUGCAGCAAUCGAAACUACUCCAAGUACUAUGUUGUCGUUGUUCAGUAUACUGCUCGCUUCAAUGCUGAAACUGUCAAGAAUUUUUUGUAUACGCUUAAUGAUGGCAAGAUAUCAAAAAAGAAGUUCAACUUGCGGCUUGCACCGGAAGAAACAUCAAUGAAGUUGACUGGUUAUGAACACAAUGGCGUAACCUGUAUUGGCAUGAAAACUGAUAUACCGGUAAUUUUGGAUGAAGCAAUUGUGAAGCUAAAUCCAGAUUUCUUCUGGUUGGGAGGUGGUGAGAUUGAUCUUAAGUUGGGAAUCAAGACUUCAGAAUUCAUUAAUUACAUAAAGCCAUUCAUAAUUAACUGCAGCAGCACCUGAUUUAUCACUGCUAAAUCAAAUUUCGAAGGGUGAUGACUUGUUCCCUACCAAUUCUAUUCACACAUAAUCUUCUCUUUGAUUCCAAAACUCAGCAUUGGUAGUUUCUUUAAGGUUCUGUUGGACCGUUUGGGAAACAUAUGAGUUGAUGUAGUUUUGGUCGUAAAAGAAAGGAACAAAAACUACUUUCUACGGA